UUCAGUAAAAUAUGAGUUUCUGCAACUUUAGGCGCUCGCCAUUCUGAAUUUCGACAGAUCUUGUUCUUCUGCUAUUAAAUUACUGACUUCUCCGAUUUUUAUCAUGAUAUUCACGUUUAAAUAGACUGUAAAUCAAUGGCGUGCUAACUAGCUGGAGCUACAUGGACCUUCUACAAUUCUCUUAACCUAGCUAGUACAAUGUUGCCUGAAUUAUUGCAAGGCAUUGAUGCUGGAGGGUUUCUCAUAAUACAAGAUUCUGCUAGUUAUUCUGGUCGACACCUCCUGAAAAGCUUUAUCAAUUCUGCAUUGGACAGGGAGGAAGCUGUCCAUGUGCUCGGCUUUGAGGUCAGUGAGGAAGAGCUAAAAGAUGGACUGAAAGGAUCACCUAUACAGAGGCUACACUUUCACAAUGCUUAUUCAGACCCACUUGGCUGGACGGAUCACCCAGCUUUCACGGUUCACCAGUUCUGUUUGGAGGAACUCACACGUCUGGUCAAGCAAACAUCACACCUCAAACCAGCUACACUAGUGAUCGACUCUCUCUCGUGGAUUUUGAGACACCUCGGCCCACCGGAUGUCUGCAAGACUCUUCAGCAACUUAAAAAAGGGGGAGCUGUCAGAGCUAUUAUCGGUCUGCUCCAUGCAGAUAUGCAUCAGAGGGGCACUGUGGGAAGUGUAUGCCACUUGGCUACUUCAGUCAUCACUGUAGUACCUGUAGUGAAGGGAGACAAAGCUGUGGCAAAGAUAACAAAGCGCUCAAAAUCGGGGAAAGUUAUCCAAGAUGAACAGAUUUUCAGCAUCAAAGAUGAUUUUACAGUGAUGGUACAGGGCAAGCCCAGCCAACUUGGACCCAAAACGGCUGACCCUAAGGAACAGGAGACGGACCCAACAGCCAACUUGACCUUCAACCUUCGACUAUCUGAUACAGAGCGUGAGGCCAAAGAGAAACUUGCACUUCCAUUUGUGUUCAGCAAAGAGAAAAAAACAGCUCUGCUCCACUCAGGCCCAGGUUCAGGACGAAUUUUGUACGAGCCUGAUGCCAAUGAUGACUAUGACCAGGAGGACCCUGAUGAUGAUCUUGAUGUGUAGGGUUCGGCAACAGAGGAUCCGUGUUUCAUGGCCUCCUUGGUGUUCAAGACACUGAGUUGGUUUCAGUAGUGGAGAUUGAAAGACUUGCUGCAAUCUCAUGCAGGAGAUAUACAAUAAUGUACAACAUUCUGUAAGAAAUCUGUAUUAUGUUUUAUAAAAAGGUUCUAUCUAAGACUGUUUUC